AUUGAAACCAAAAAAUCUAAAAAUCAACUGGCAAUAGAACAUGCUGGGAAAUAUGACAAUGACAGGUGGGGUUUUUCAGUGUGUGAUGAUUGUACCUUCUUUAUAUUCAAAAUAUUGGGUACAAAAAUGUACCAUUAUACUAGAUUAUCUGCACAUGUACCCUAAAAGGUACCACACAGUACCAUGUUAUAUUAUAUGUGUACCUUGAAAUGUACAUUAUGUGUAUUUUAAUAUUUUUGUACCCCUGGGAACAAUACUGUACCCUAACCGUAACCUUUUUUUCUGAGCGCGAAUGAGAAGUUUAAUGGGCUCCUGAGUGGCGCAGCGGUCUAAGGCACGGCAUCUCAGCGCAAGAGGUUUCACUGGUCCCUGGUUCAAAUCCAGGCUGUAUCACAUCUGGCCCUGAUUUGGAGUCUCAUAGGGUGACGCCCAAGUUUGGCCAGGGAAGGCAUCAUUUUAAAUACGAAUUCUGACUUGCCUAGUUAAAUAAAGAACAUUAUAUAUAUAUAUAUAUAUCACUGAGGCUAAUGCAAUCCAGCCCAUCUUGUAAUUUAGGGCAGUGAUAGGCUACCAUGCAGGAUUGAGAAAUACUGAUCUAGGCCCAGGAUGAUAUCCUAAUUUUAGUGUAUUUCUAAUUGCUAAAAUGUAAUUCAUUCAUGUCAUUUAAACAUGAACAUAAAAAUAUGCAUGAUUUAACUGCUCAUUAUGUGUUUACUUAUUUGUCCAUUUGAAAUAUUUGAAUUGUGCAGUUAUGGUUUAGAAAAUGUCAAAUGAUAUUGCUCCCGUUAUAUUAGAUUUGUACAAUUAUUUUGGUAUUAGGACAGAUGGCCUAGGUUAAACGCCUCUCAAAGCCUCUGAUUAGGGAUGGUUGGGGGGCGUCACCCACCUGCAUGCAUGAGCCCGCCCCUGUGUGACGUCCUUACCAACGUGUCUAUUGUCGUGGAGAGAUAGCGCGGGUCGGGUUAUAAAUUACGCAAGGAGAGGCACAGCAACACACGGACAACCGGGGUCAUUUCGCUAAAAUACAAGCCCACUACUACCGCCAACAGCUGCACCAACAGAUCAUAUAGUCAAACGAACGUACAUUUUCUUCAUAUAAGUAUUUCGUUCCUUUUUUAAGGUACACUCAGGGCGCACAAUGGCAGAAAAUAUAGACAUGGAGGGGAAGGCAUCCAACGGAGAAGCGCAUCUUGAUGAGCCGGUAGCCAACGGACUCCGCCACAAGAAGUGUUCCAACGAGACAACCGUGGAGAAAAUCAAGAGGUUAGUCAUGGCCAACUUGCUWGUGAUUCUCACCGUGGCCGGGGUGAUCAUCGGGGUGUUCAUCGGACUUGGCGUGCGCCACAUGGAGCUGAGCAGGACACAGAUCCUCUACGUGGGCUUCCCCGGCGAGCUGCUCAUCCGGCUGUUGAAAAUGAUCAUCAUCCCCCUGGUCGUGUGCAGCCUGGUGUCCGGGGCGGCCAGCAUCGACCCCAAAGCCCUGGGCAAGCUGGGCGGCUGGGCGAUGAUUUUCUUUUUGGUCACCACUUUAAUUGCAUCAGCCAUCGGGGUGAUCAUGGCGUUCAUCAUCUCCCCCGGAUCAAACACCGGCUCCAAGCCGAUUUUAUCGGAUGACGGCGGGCUGCCCCAGGCCAAAGAAGUGGUGGACUCCUUCUUGGACCUGAUCAGAAACAUCUCCCUCCAACUGGUGUCUGCUGCCUUUCAGUCUGUGAUACGCUACAGUUACAAGUUUGUGACCAAGAAUGGCUCUAAUGGCUUGCGCAUCACAGUUGAGAAGGUUCCCUUUGGCACGGACCAGGACGGUAUGAACAUCCUAGGACUGGUGGUGUUUGCCAUAGUGUUUGGUAUAGCCCUGAGGAAGCUGGGAGAGGAGGGAGAGAUCCUCAUCAAGUUCUUCAACUCCUUCAACGAGGCCACCAUGGUGCUGGUGUCCUGGAUCAUGUGGUAUGCCCCCCUUGGAAUCAUGUUCUUGGUAGCAGGGAAGAUCGUGGAGAUGGAGGAUGUGGGCACGCUGUUUGCCAGCCUGGGCAAGUACAUCGCCUGCUGUAUCGUCGGCCACGCCAUCCACGGCCUGCUGGUCCUGCCGGGCAUCUACUUUAUCAUCACCCGCAAGAACCCCUACACCUUCCUGUGGGGCAUCUUCACUGCUCUGGCCACAGGCUUUGGGACCAGCUCCAGCUCUGCCACCCUGCCCCUGAUGAUGAAGUGCGUGGAGGAGAACAACGGCGUGUCGAAGCACAUCAGUCGUUUCAUCCUGCCCAUCGGGGCCACGGUGAACAUGGACGGCGCAGCUCUCUUCCAGUGUGUGGCGGCCGUCUUCAUCGCUCAGCUCAACAACAUCCCGCUCAACUUCAUCCAAGUCUUCACCAUCCUAGUGACAGCCACAGCGUCCAGUGUGGGAGCAGCAGGGAUCCCCGCGGGGGGCGUGCUGACGCUGGCCAUCAUCCUGGAGGCAGUGGGACUGCCCACCAGCGACAUCUCCCUCAUCCUCGCCGUCGACUGGCUCGUUGACCGUACCUGCACCAUUCUGAACGUGGAGGGCGACGCCUACGGAGCCGGGCUACUGCAGUGGUACGUGGACCGCUCUGACAAGCCCGGGGAGGGGCCGGAGCUAAGCGAGGUGAAGACGGUGGAGGGCACGCCCGCCGUGCCGGAGCACUCGCCCCUCAUCGAGGAGAAGGAGAGCAGGGGUGCGGGCGACGAGACGGCGAUGGCGGCUCGCGGCUCUGGGAAAGAGUCGGUCAUGUAGAUGGUUCGCUGCCGGGCCUUUUUAGACUUCCAUUUAAAGACGACUCCUCUCCUUGUGUCUUCUCUCUUUCUAAGCGAGACUGAGAGAUCCGGGUGGGGGGGGGGUAAAGGAGCGCGUGAGCAGAGGCUGUUCAGAUUUGAAAGUGACCGUGUUUUUUUUAAGGACUCUAGAUUGGAAUCCUUUGAAUGCUGAUUUCGUUCAGAAGAGCUGGCCCUGACUUCCUUUCUCUUGUAAAUAUUUAUAACAGUAACCAGCCUUGAAAAGGCAAAUAUCUCCAUGUUUUCUAUAUCAUAGCCGCAUGUACAGUUUGUUUCUCUGUGUGUGAAGUAGCCUGCACAAAUUCUCACUGUACUCUGUGAGAGUAGAUGAUGAAAAUUCCAAAGUUAUCACACAAGAUCCUCUGUACUGUAUGAUGUACCAAAUUAAGUUCAAUCCUAAAUUAUGUUCCACUGCUGGAAAAAGGACUUUUCUCACACAAGAACUGUGGCUCUGCUCAAUGCUUCUAAUCUGUAGCUUUU